AACUCAUCACAAUACAUAGGAAAAACCUGUUUUUAAUAUUUAAAUAAAGGCCGGUGUGAUACUAUAAAUUGACCUUAUUUUAUAGUGGACACUGUUUAAAUUUGUGCAAAUGUGAUAAAAAUUGAUAUUUUUAAAAUAUACAUUACUUAACAUUUGUGGGUACGAAGGACAGACCUAACCAACCUAACCAAACAAACCUACCUAACCUUACCUAACAUUCUCACCAGGAGGCUCUGCCCCCCAAACCUUCUGUAUAUUAAACAGAAAGAACUUACUAUAAUAUGGUGAAAUUUGAGGCAUUUUCUGGACAUGAGAUGAUGUGGGCGCAUCAGCACUUAUGCAGCCCGGCGGCUGAGUGAUUUAUUGUGAUAGUGGGAAACGUCGAGCCAUGGCGAUGAGGAAGUGAUGAACAAAUUUAUUUCCGGUCUGAAAGCACAGAAAUUCCCACAGUGUGAACAAUGCAUAAUUAUUGAGUUAUGAUCCUAUAUUAUCAAUCUUGACCUCACCAAAGGUGGGCAGAGCUUCAGAGUAGUGGGAAAAUGUGGAAUUAAAAACAUAAAAUUCAUCUAAACCAAGAUGAAGACAAAGUUUUUUGUAACAUGUGGCCGAGGCUUGAGCACCUUCGCUGAGCAAGAGAUUAAUGAGAAGGUUCCCAAGGUGCGUGAUAUCCAGCCUCUAGGAGAAGGCAAGUUGUCAUUCACUAUCCACCAGGCUUCAUCUUGGCCCCUGCCUCAAACUUCUGUUAUUAAUGAAAGUGAACAUCCCCAAAAUAUAAAAGAGAAAUUUUCACCAACUCUUGGUCUCAAUAAACCAGAAGAGGAAGCAGAGUAUAUUAAUGCCAUAGCUCCAGUAUUUAAGCUGAAGUUAGUGGAAAGAAUCUUCAUGUUGCUGCACUGUGAACACACUGAUGAUCCUGGUCGGUGCAGUGAAGGUAAAGAUGUUAAUAAUGUCUCAAAUCCAAAGGAAGCAUUUAACCAAGAGACAGCAAGAGUCAAAAAGGAGAAACUUUACUCUGAAGACAUAUGCUGUGAGAGUUUACAAAGUUCUAAGGAAACAUCAAGUUGUGAGAAUACCUUAAGAAAAUGCACAGUACCAUCAGAGAAGAACAUUGCACCUGAGAGUGUUUUAAAUGACUGUGAGAAGAAAUUGAUGAACAUCAUGAACAAUACUGAAUGGGCAGAUGUAGCACAUAGAGUCCAAGUGUUGAGGGUCUACCAUGACCACUUUGCUGGGUGCCGUGUGCUCUGUCACAACCCUGACACAUGUCCAGGGUCUGUUAACAGGAAAAUUGAUAAACAUCAGUUACAGCAGAAGCGUAAAGCCACAUUUCUGUCCUCUGGUUUAACCAAAUAUUGUCAACAUAAAAACAGGAAAAGGAGAUACCUAACUGUAGGUCCUACAGAAAAAUAUUUUCACGGAAAAGAUUUUAAACGUAAAAAAAUAAUUUCUAAUGAAGGAUUAAAUGUUCAUGGUUAUAUUAAGAAAGAAGGUUCAGUCAAUCAAAUUUCAAGAGACCAUUAUCCCUUUAUUCCCAAAAAUAAUGAAAUUAGGAAUGGAGAUGGACUGUUACUUGAUCCAUCUAAAGCUGGUGAUGAAAAACUUCUUGGUUGUAACACAGCAUUGCUAAAUGAACAAGCUUCAUCGGUAUGUACUGCACCAGUUAAAAAUGCUAAACUUCAGGUUACUGAUUUAUGUAGAACUGUUCCAUCAUGUGACAAUGAAAAAUUAUCAUUUAAGAUCACCUCAGAAAGUACAGCGAUGGUGCUAGUGGAAAACGCUGAGACAUUCCCAGUAAAUGAAGCAAGCUUAGCCAAAACCAGAACAGUAUUUGAAAAGAGAGAAGUGGUGCUUAGUAGUGAUGUAGCAAGUAUUUUCAUAUCCCCAAAUAUACCAGAUGAAGGGAUAAGGCAGCAGUGUAGUGUAAAUCAGCACAAAAAAGCAAACAGUAAUGAACAAUCAGUGAGCUUCAGAGUGUCAUGCAGAGUCUCUGGUCUUCACAAGAAUGUACUAACAACUGACUGGCUCACUCAGAAGUUUGUACAGCACUUAAGUCAAGUGAUGGAUGCAUGGGUAACUAAUUGGCAAGAACCUACGAUGGAUAUCUAUGUGAAUGUUACUGAUUCACAUUUUAUUGUAGGUGUAGCACUGGCCCCGAAGCCUCUUUCUCUGCGACGUUAUAUUCCACACAUCACUCUACGAUCUACUGUCUGCAACCUGAUGGCCAGGCUGUCCCAGAUACUUCCUGGUUGUGUGCUCUUAGACCCAAUGUGUGGUGGAGGAACCAUUUUGCUGGAGGCUGUUACAGACUUUAAGGUUAGUCAUGUUAUUGCAAGUGACAUGAGCAUAAACCAGCUUGAGGUAGCCAGAUGUAAUCUUAACAGUCUGCACACCCCCGUCAGUCUCUUACAAGCUCCUGCUACUGCACUGCCCCUGCAUGAUGCAUCUAUCAAUGUUGUGCUGUGUGAUUUCCCAUUUGGUAAAAAAUACAAGUUGACAGCUGACAACACACAGUUGCUGAGAGGGGUUCUACUAGAAUGUCAAAGAGUGUUGAUAUGUGGCGGACGAGCAGUGUUUCUUCUGUCCAGGCAGCAGCAGCAGCUUCUCCUCCAUCUGGUAUCUUCCACAGACUCUUGUGAGCAACCCCAAGAGAUCUUGCUGAAAGUGGAGGGUGUUCACUGGGUGUCUCUCGGUGAAACUUGUGCCUGUGUUGCAGUUCUCUCAAAGGGUGAAGAUCCUCGCCUCUGAAACCUCUUCUUCAUUCCCCCUCUGCCUCCCUCUUCUCCAACUGUUUCCUUUCCUUUGUUACUGUCCCUCUCUUCACCGCUUCCUGUUACCUCUUUUCUUCCCCAUGUUCCAUAUCUUCUUCCUGUCCUCUUCUCUCUCUUCACUGAACAUCCAUCAUUCUCAUCUAUUCCUUUGUCUCUCCCUUCAUAUCAUCUACUGUAUACUGUUCUUUCUCCCCUUCCUUCCUUUUCCAUUUUUAUUCAAACAUUAUCAUAACCAUUGUUCAAGUCUGUAUAAUUUAUUAAUAAAAAUUAUUUUCAAAUACAG